UGGUCCCUAUUGUGGUCAUUAAGCAAGGACUACCUGUAGGUGUUUUAAAGAGCUGCAGACAGAUACUACAUUCAAUCUUCCAUGUACACAUGCGCACACUCACUUCUUGCAUGAUCACAUAACCAAGUGUGGGUGGUUGCACCGAGGCUGCUCAGUUGAGCAAACUCUCCUCCUUCAAAGAUCAUCAGAAGCUGCAGCAACCCGAAUGGCGUCGAAGAUUGCCCAAGCGCUGGUCGGUGGGGGAAAUUACAGUGGAGAGCAGGAUGACGGAAGGAUGCAUAUUCCCAUGAUCUUUGGAGGGAGAAAUUCCAGCCUGCUGAAAUUGCUGGUUCCCACCUGAGAAUCGGAGCCAAAGACUGGCCACGGCUGGACCUCUCCCGGAGCUCCGGAUUGCUGCAAUUGGCUGCGCUAAGCAGGCCCAACAGGAGCCCUCUUGGACUGGAGGGGAGUUAAUCAACACAAACAGCCCUUCGUUGCCAGAGACCGUCUCCCGAAGGAAGAUGUUGGCAGGAUAAUAACAGCCUUCUGUCGUGACACAUCAGUUCAGCGGCGCGGCAAAGGCGUCCCUCAACUCUCCGUCGACACCGGGACGUGCCGAGCAGGCAUCGCUUCUCGCCCGUCGUGGCCCAGACGCCACUCGUCCGGCGACAUGUCCCUGCGGCCACGUUGGAGCCGUUUCACCCAUCCCGGUCCUACGGACUUCGCAGGUAACGGGACUCUGUCUGCAGCAGAGGACAGCUCCCAGGUGGCCUUGGCACAUUUUUAAAAAAUAACCAAGUGGAGCUUUAAUUGCACCAUCGUCCUCUUGACGUUUCGGCCAGACCGUGCCUCUGCAAAGACUCAGCGGUGCCUUCCCCAGGAACCCAGCUUGACUCAAGGGAGAUCUAAUCCAGGUGCAAGACGACCCAACUCCUGUCCUGUCCAUUGAUGGUGGGGAGCCGAUGCGGAACGCGCUUGGGGCGGGGUGUUAUUUUUCUUUUAAAGGAUGGUGCAGCUUCGCCCCGCAGUGCAGCAGCAGUUAGUUGGCACCCCUUCCUUCUUCCAGCGGAGUAGCUGGGGUCGUGCGACACCCUAGACCAGAGUAGCUUCAAUGUCAAGUGUGGUGGGAGGCCAACCUUCGUCUUAGGCAGGCAGUCACAUUAAACAAUAUCAUGAUUCAUCAGUGGGGACCCUCCAGACUAUUCUGUUUGGUUAACCCGGGUUUAGAGUGAAGCUCUAAAAGCUCUUUCUCUCUCUGAAAAACCGCAAGAACAGGAGAACAUCCAGACAUCUCUGACGUGCCCCUUGCUCUGUUCUUAACUCGGAGAUGGCAUCUUCCUUGCUUCUGUUGAAUUCAGGAUCUAUUCCAGCUGUUUCCAGGGGUCGUGGGGGGACCCAGGGAAGUGCUGCUUUCCAACCAGGAGGCAAUCUAGUCUCUUAGAUCGGCAAGACCCACCACCAUGUUUGUGACCUUGCCAACUGUCCUGAGGGAAUGUCUUUCUCUAGCCACGUGCCAAUGCGGGCACACGCGGGGUUUGUCAAAAACCUCACCCUAGAAGUAAACAGAUAUAUUUCUACAAGUUGCAGACCUCAUGGGGAUCGUCAUCAUGCUGGGAAAAAGGGCCUUUUAAAAACCCUGCAUCUGGGACUAACUAAGAAGAGCCAAGGAAAAGAUUGGGGUUAAAAACUCUGUCGAAGAGAGGAGAAUUGGUGCAAAAGCUCAGAAAAUUGGAGAACUUCUGUGGGUGCGGGGGGAGGGUGUUGUUUUUUAAGAAAUGGAAACCUUUUGGGGCAAUAUGUUGCGCGAUAACGCAGACAUGAAAAUAAAUUGGAUUUAUAUUGAUCUGUGCUUUGUUCCUAUUUUCAGGGACAGGUGUAUCCUUUAGCUGGGGCUAUAGAAAGGUGUCUGUUUCCCACGAGGGUUGCCAGUUUCUCCAAAGCCCAGGCUGGCGUGAUCCAGGCUUACUUAUCUUUAUUUGAGCUUUAUCUGGAAGUUCCCUCUGUUUAAACUCAGCAACAACCUUGUGGGGAAGGUUGGUCUGAGACCAAGCGACCGGCCCAAAGUCGCCCAGGGAGUUUGGAGUAAAAAUUAGGAAUGUCAACCAGGGUGUCCCCAUGCCCAGCCAAGCAAAAAAAAAAAGAAACCCCUCAUUUUGCCCCUAAGCAAUUCACUGACUUCUCUUGUCCUUUGAAAGACAUUCAAAAGGCAGAUCUUAUUCUCUGUUGGAUGAAGGAGAAUUUUCCCUUGAAACGUCUUUCAGAGGAGGAGACAAAGCCCGAUGCUAACUUUUGGGUUCAUGUUGCAUUCACCAGGACUGCAUGAUAUGCUACUAUGCCCAAACUAAAGCUGCUUUUGCUCAUUUUAUGAAUUCUCAUACUAUAGUCCAGCGGUUCUCAACCUUGGCCCCUUUAAGAUUUGUGGACUUCAACUCCCAGAAUCCCCCAGCCAGCAAGAGGACUCACAGGUUCUGUAAAUUAUAACAGGAAUUGGAAAAGAGGAUGCCAAGUCAUCCUACGGGGAAUAACAAGCUGAUUUUUACAAGGACUAGACAUUUCAGUCUUUCAGCCGUGGCUUUCAUGAACAAAGCAUCCUGCUGGGGACAUGUUGUAUCUGAAGAUGUUACUUAGAUCAUUCCUUGGUUCCUGGCCAGAACUUGCAUGCCCAAGGAGCUGCAAAGAGGUCUGGCUCUCCACCAGAUUAUCACCAUUACCGUCUCCCUCAUCAUGGUAAUCGCCGCGCUGAUCACGACGCUCGUCUUAAAAAACUGCUGCGCGCAGAGGGGGAACGCCCGUCGGAACGGCCACCAGCGGAAGAUCAAGCAGCAGGAGGAGAGUUGUCAAAACCUGACAGACUUUACCCCAGCCAGAGUGCCCAGCAAUCUGGACAUAUUCACGGCCUACAACGAAACCCUCCAGUGCUCCCACGAGUGCGUGAGGACGCCCGUCCCAAUGUAUGCCGAGGAGACAAUACUUCCACCAGGAGACUAUAAGACGUCCUUCAACGGAAAUAGAGUGUCGUCCUCUGACCGUCAUCUAAUACCUGUGGCCUUUGUAUCUGAAAAAUGGUUUGAAAUCUCCUGUUGACCAGCCAAACUCCGUUUAACUUCCUGGGGGCAGGCGGACGCCCGGUGGCUAUUCCACGGUAAGUCCCUUCGGCGGCGGUUCUGCUCUUCUUUUUUUUAAAAAAUAAAAACUCCCCCAUCCUCAUUCUCACGUUCCCGUCCCGCCCUUGCUGUGCUUGCUGCUCCCCUCUCCCUUUGCUUUUAAUUAAAAUACCCUUCGCGUUUACCGAGGUGGAGGCAAACCUGGCCGUCACCCCCAAUGUUUGCCUCUGCGUUAAUUGAUUGAGUUUUCCUUUCCUUUUUUUCUGAAAACAAAGCGCUCCAUUUUAGAUUAUCCCAACGACACAAGAUGCUUAUCACAUUCACAGUAGGGUUGAAAUUGGCUGCCCACCGAGAUGGCUCCGCGAGAGCUAAGGUUAAGCAUGUUUCAGAGGAACAUAAACAAUUGCAGCGGGUUAAUUUCCUUCCCUUCCCUUCUUUUAACCUGCUGCUAUUUAAAUUGCUUUAUAAUAAUUGAUUCCACAUCAGAGUUGCUCACACAUUUUGUUGUAACAAUAUAUUCAUAGAGAGGAAGAAGGGCUGGGUAAUAAACACACACACACAAAUAGUCCAUGGUGGUGAUUUCAAAGAUGUGGCAGGUGAUAAAAUGACAUUUAAAAGGCAUGUAGGGUGUCUUCCAAAAUGGUGCCUCCUUUUUGGAAGGCACCCAUAUCCUAAUCCGGGUCCCAUGGGUGCUGAAACAGUAAUAUCCGCUACCAAAGCCGUUUGAAAGAAAGGAAAACGACAGUUUGCAAGGCUGUUACUAUUAGGCGAAAUAAAGAAUCUGUUUCAAGUCCUAGGCAGGGUGAACAAUAACCCUGUACAUCGGUGUUGU